CUCACUAACGCCUGAGUUUUAUUCUAUAAAUCAUUCCCAGAACUCAGGAUUGGCUACCAAUAAGGAACUAAGCUGUGCAUCGAUGGACAAGCUAAUUUCGAGCAGAUGCAACUUGCAACACUGGCCGGAUUCUUAUGUUCUGCCUCCAGAAAGCAGACCUGGGGAGGAAGAAUUUGCGCUCUGCGAAGUCAUUCCAGUAAUCGACCUAGGACAAGACCGAGCAGAAAAUGUCCAGCAAGUUCUGAAGGCGGGCCAAGAGUUUGGCUUCUUUCAGUUGACAAAUCAUGGGGUUUCAAAGAAGCUAAUGAUUGAUGUGUUGGAGGUGGCGGAGGAGUUCUUCGAGCUGCCAAUUGAGGACAAGGCGAGCGUCUACUCUGAAGACCCAAAGAGGAGCUGCAGGUUGUACACGAGCAUUGACUAUGACAAAGAGAAGGUGCACUUCUGGAGAGACAGUCUGCGACACCCUUGUCAUCCUGUGGAUGAACACAUUCGAUGCUGGCCCGAGAAGCCUGCUCGUUAUAGAGAGCUCUUGGGAAAGUACUCAGUCGAAGUGAGAAAGUUGAGCAUGUUGCUACUGGAAUUGAUUGGGGAAGGUUUGGGACAAGAGUCGGGAUUCUUCGAGCGGGGUGAGUUGAAUCGAGUUCAGCUAAUGGCUCUCAACUGCUAUCCUCCUUGUCCCAAUCCAAGUUUGACCCUAGGAUUGCCACGGCACGGGGAUGUAAAUCUCAUUACCGUCCUUCUUCAAGGGCCAGUGCAUGGGCUUCAAGUCCUCAAUGACGGACAGUGGCUUGCCCUUCAGCCUCUUCCCGAUGCCUUCGUGAUCAACAUAGGACUGGCUUUGCAGAUUAUCAGCAAUGGGAAGCUAAGAAGUGCAGAGCACCGAGUGACAACGAACAGAACAUCAGCACGGACAACAGUCACCACCUUCAUUCAUCCUUCCGGUGAUUGCCUGGUUGAGCCCGCGAAAGUGAUAAUCAACAACCACAACCCACCGCUCUAUAGAUCCUUCUUGUACAAGGACUUUCUAUCUACUUACAUAGUAGACACAUAUGAAGGAAAACCGCCCCUGAAGCGUUACACCCUUUAGAAGGAAACAUCUUAAAGAAAAAAUGUACGAAUCGUGCUGAGAAUUUGAACUACAUUAUGCUAGCAGUGUCGGAUUAUCCUUUGCUGUGACUGCGCUACGUGUGAAGAAGCUACUCAGCAAAGCAACGGAUUAUCCAACUGGGCGACCAAUAAAUUUCGUCCCAUUGAGAUACCAUGAAAUUUUACCUUGUCGUACGGCCCAUCGCAUUUUAUACCACAAUGAACCACAAUCCCUUUUAACCUCUAAAGUGCGAGUGACUAGCAGAUUGACUAGUGGAAAUAAAAAAGAACUACACAAAACUGGUCAGAUAAGUGACUCUAAGCCCUUUCUUCA